GGCAGCAUUAUGAUUUUAGUAGAUCUUAUUUUUUAUACGGUCACAUUGAUUGUUGUGUGGGUCAGGUCAAAAAUAAAGUCUAUAAUCUUGUAAGCAAAGAGCUUGUAAGAUCUUUUAUUAUUUAAGCUUUUGUUUGUAAAGGUGAAUAAAUAUAAAACUAAAUGAUAUAAAGUAAUCAAGCGAAAUGUCCUCACCACGCCCAAAAUCGCCUCGUACUCCAGUUUUGCCUAAAAAAGAGGAUAAAGAAGAGUCAUUUUGGGAUAAAAUUGGCACUAUCGGUCGUAAAAAAAGGAUAAAGGAAGUUCAGGAAGUACAAGCAGAAGGGAAAUUGGCAAUCGAUUCACCUGGUAGCCCGACAGCGCCAGAAAUUCCUCCCGAGGAGUACAGCUUGCACGAUAAUGAGGAAAGAGCAAUUAUUGAACCAAGGUGUCUAGAAGAUCCUAGAGUGAAGGAAUUAAUCCAAGUUUUGAUUGAUUGGAUAAACGAUGAACUAGCAGCCCAGAGAAUUAUUGUCAAAGACAUUAGCGAAGACCUUUAUGAUGGACAGGUUCUUCAGAAACUUUUGGAAAAAUUGACUGAGACUAAAUUAGAUGUUCUAGAAGUGACACAGUCAGAAGAGGGGCAACGCCAAAAACUAGCGGUAGUCUUAAGAGCAGUUAAUAGGGUGCUGUAUGGUACUUCUAAGCCAGUGCAGAAGUGGAGUGUGGAUUCUGUGCAUUCCAAAAAUGUAGUGGCAAUAUUGCAUCUGUUAGUGGCAUUGGCUCGUCAUUUCCGUGCACCAAUCCGUCUUCCUGAGAAUGUCAGUGUGAAUGUUGUGGUAGUCAAGAAAGAUGGUUCCAAUCAAUUAUCUCACAGAACAUACAUUGAAGAUAUAACAACAACAUAUGAUGAUUUGGGAAUGAAAUGUGAAAGAGAUGCUUUUGAUGCAUUGUUUGAUCAUGCCCCUGACAAAUUGCAAGUUGUCAAGAAGUCGUUAAUCACGUUUGUGAACAAGCACCUCAGUAAGGUGAACUUAGAGGUGAUGGAUUUGGAUACACAGUUCCACGAUGGAGUGUACCUAUGUCUUUUAAUGGGUCUACUCGAGGGAUUCUUUGUUCCUUUGUAUGAUUUCCACCUGACUCCUCAAGACUUUGAUCAGAAAGUUCACAAUGUCUCAUUCGCAUUUGAGCUGAUGCAGGAUGUGGGACUCGCUAAACCCAAAGCGAGGCCUGAAGAUAUAGUGAAUCUCGACUUAAAAUCCACUUUGAGAGUGCUUUACAAUCUCUUCACGAAAUACAAGAAUAUGGCCUAAAUUUAUUAUAAUCUAUGGCAUUAUUUUUAUUUUAAAUAUUUGCAGUGAAAUACUCAAAUGGACUAAUUUGAAGAUACAUAACUAUUAUAACUAAAAACAUUUAUACUUAACAACUUUUUAUGUUUCAAUGUUGCAACUAAAGACUAAGUUUAUAACUGAAUGUUACUUAAUGUAGUCUAUAGAUUUUUCAACAGAAUACAUUUUUUAAGUGUAUGAAAUAAAUAUUAUUCGCUGCAAUUAUUGUGUUCAUAAAUAAUAGGUAAUAAUAAUAUUUUAUAUGGUCUUUGAAUCUGGCUUACUUAGUAAGAAUAUAACAAUUAUUAUACACUAACAAAUUAUAUUAAUUUAUUAACAUAAU